AUGGCUUCUCAGAGUAAUGUCAUUACUAACAAAAUUACUGUAACUGUUAAGCUCAGGUGCAGAGAAAAGCCAUAUUUCUGUUCUGAAUGUGGAAAACGAUUAUCAGACCGCAACAAUUUCCAGAAACAUAUAAGAGUCCACACUGGAGAGAAGCCAUAUCACUGUUCUGAAUGUGACAAACAAUUCUCCCGCAGUGAUAGUCAUCAGACCCACACCAUAAUUCACACUGGAGAGAAUCCAUAUUGCUCCCUAGAAUGUGGCAAACGCUUUUCUGAUAAUAGCAGUCUUUGGAUCCCACAAAAAUUCACACCGGAGACAAGCCAUAUCACUGCUCUGAAUGUGGUAAAUGCUUCUUUGACAGUAGCCACCUUCAAACCCACACGAGUUCACACAGGAGAGAAGCCACAUUACUGUUGUGAGUGUGGCAAACGGUUCUCACACAGUAGCACUCUUCAAAAACAUGCAAGUGUUCAUACUGGGGAGAAACCAUUUUGCUAUUCUGAAUGUGGUAGGCGUUUUUCAGAAAUGAGCAGUCUUCAGGCCCAAAAAAGAAUUCAUACUGGAGUGAAGCCGUAUUGCUGUUAA